AUCUGGUUUGAACAUAUCAACGUCUCCUAGAAAUUUAGCUGAUUUUUAAAAAGGAAAAUGUUUAUUUUUUAAAACUACAAACGUUGGUCAGCGGCAUAAAAGAUACCAAUAUAAAGUAUCCACCCGUUAAGAGAAGACAAAGGAAAAUCAAAAACACUUGCGUUAAAAUCAUAAUAAGAACAUUCCUCUACCAUAGCCUCAAAAUGCAUCAAAUCGAAAUAACAGCAGCAGAAUUUCCAAAUGAAUGGAAGCCAUUUUGAGAUUAGCUAUGAUCCGUUUGCGUUGGGCAAAUCUCGUGAUAUUGCUGAUGAUAAUAAUGCCAAUCAUCUACCUGGUUGUCAAGGAAACAGAAACUGAUGAAAACUCUAUAAACAAUUUCGAAGAUGAUUUGAAUGAUGAUGGAGCCGACGAACCAACUAUUGAUCGCUUGAAGAGGGAACUCAGUGACUCUGAUAACAAUCUUCAAGCUGUACAAGACGAACUGAACGCCAAAUUCCAAGAGUACAAAGACAGAGAAAAUGAGCUCAAAGUGAAACUCAAAGAAUUACAAGCGAAGCUAAGCAUAUGUGCAAAACGUGAUCAAAAGAAUGCCGAAAGUCCUACGAAUAUUACUCGAACUUUGUACGAAGUUAUUCCGACGGUUUUCGUGGUGACUCCAACGUUUAAGAGAUUUGUCCAGAAAGCCGAACUUACUCAGGUCUCGAACGCGCUGAAAGGCGUUCAAAGCCUCCACUGGAUCAUCGUAGAAGAUUCCGAUCAUAAAAGCGAGCUCGUAAAGAAUCUUGCCUCGCGCUCGGGCCUUAACUUCACCCAUCUCAACUACAAGACACCACUGUUUCUUAGGAGGCAAAAGGGAGAGUUCAGGCGGUUCAAGCCAAGGGGUGUGUACCAAAGGAAUCUCGCGAUACAGUGGAUCCGCGAUAAUGUGAAUCAUCGAGAGACCCCAGGGGUAGUCUACUUUGCUGAUGACGACAAUACCUACGACAGCGAACUGUUUGAAAAGAUGCGAUGGAUCAACGGGGUCGGGGUGUGGCCGGUGGCAUUCACGGGGGCUGCCCGCUGGGCGGGGCCUGUAUGCCGGGACGGGCGUGUCGUGGACUUCCAUGCAAACUGGGGGCUUUUUCGUCCAUUUCCUAUUGACAUGGCGGGGUUCGCUAUCAAUAUUCGCAAGCUGAUUGUAGACCAUCCUCGUGCUGAGUUCAAGGCGUUACAGAAGCCGGGGAUGUUGGAGUCUUCACUUCUCACGCAGAUCACAAAGAAAGGGGAGCUUGAAACGUUAGCAGACGACUGCAAAAAGGGUACCCGUCGAUAUCGUAAUCUGAUCCUGAUAGCCACGUUGCUUAGCAACCAAGAUAUGGAAGCCAAAUCCAAGAUGGACGAAGAAGCAGUCGGAGCCACCGACAAUAUUGUCACAGAAUUCGCGACUUACGAGGACUUUCUCGACAGUCAAAUCACCCCUUUGGAUCUCUACUAUCUCGAGGAUGAGGAACUUGCACGACAGCUUGUAGAACUGGGAUACAGAGGAAGCGGAGAGGUUCUAAAAAGAGAAGAGUUUGAAGCCAGAAAGCAAGCUGCUGAAGCCAGUAGAUUGUCAAAACGCAGUCAACAAAAGACCUUGGCAAGUUCUGGCAAAGAACUGAAAGACCCUUUUCUCAAAGCACUGGCCCAAAGGGAAGAGGCAAAUCGCAGUGGUAAAAUGACAGUAAGUGUAUUUACAAUGUUUAUUUUGCUUUUACAGCUGAUAUUAAUUUGUUGUUCUUAUGAUUUACCACCACAGUCUAUAAUUUUCAUCAGAGAUAAAAAUCCAAAAGGACAGGAGAUAUCAGGCUACAUAGAUUAUGCCCAUCGAUUAAAGACUGAAGAUUUUGAACCAUAUUUCAAUGGCAGAAGAAGACUUCUUCCUAGACCAUCUGAUUUAAGUUUUUACAACUGGGAAACCCAAACAGCAACUUCAAACCCAACACCAAACUAUCAGGUAAUAGCAGAGAAUUCGAUCGGUCUCUUAUUCAAGAACAAGAGAGAUCGCAAAAUCCUCAACGUUGAUCCAAAAGCCCCGACACCUGGAGACAACUCAGCUCGGAUCACCAUAGAAAGCAAGAAAUACAUCCAAGUCGUCAUAUACGAUCACAUUACCAGGCGAAAGACCUAGCCACACCUAGUAACAGUUGCUAGGUCAUCAAGCAGCGCUUGGAUGCGGAAUAAAUUGUAAAUAGUAGCAAACUGUAUAAAAUGUUAUUUUAGUUGCAUUUUCCUCUGUUCGUUUUAUGUAAAGUCGAACAAGCACGGUAACAUUAAACUGAUAAGAAGAUGUG